GGGAGGUUAAAGCGCAUGCGCGCGCUUGGCGUUCCACCUGUCCCAGGCUUGGGCUUCUGGAAAGAUGGCUUCCCGCGCGGGGCCGCGAGCCACGGGGACCGACGGCAGCGACUUCCGGCACCGGGAGCGCGUGGCCCAGCACUUCCAGAUGAGUGUCUCCCUCAAGUCUGAGAUCAAGAAGCUGAUCUACAUGCAGGUGGCUCUGUGGCUACUGGUGGCAGCGCAGAUGUGUGUGGCACACUUCAAGCUCUUAUCCCACGAUCAGGUAGCCAUGCCUUACCAGUGGGAAUACCCCUACCUCCUCAGCAUCAUCCCUUCACUCUUUGGCUUUAUCUCCUUCCCCCGGAACAACAUCAGCUACUUGGUCAUCUCCAUGAUCAGCACCGGCCUAUUCUCAGUGGCUCCCCUCAUCUAUGGCAGCAUGGAAAUGUUCCCCAUGGCACAGCAGCUCUACCGCCACGGCAAGGCUUACCGCUUCAUCUUCGGUUUCUCCGCAGUCUCAGUCAUGUACCUGCUGAUCGUGGUGGCCGUGCAGGUUCACGGCUGGCAGCUCUAUUACAGCAAGAAACUCCUGGACUCCUGGUUUACCAGCACACAGGAGAAGAAGAAGAAAUAAACAUAUGCCGGGGAGUUGCAUGCCUGCAAUGCUGCCUUGGGGCCAAGGGUGGGAGCAAGGGGGUGCCCUCCCCAAGCAGAGGGGGAGAGGGGGCUGUUGGGUGCUCUCUGUCAUCCCCACCCAGCUAAGUGGAGAGGUGGUGCCAUGGAAGCCAAGUGAACAUUGCAUCGUUUGUAGGUUUCUUCCAGUCCGUCCACUCUGGUAAAAGGAGACAGACUAGGGCAAUCCUGCCUUGGGACCAGUUUAUGAGAUUCCUCAAUCCAUAUGAUAUUGGGACACUUGAAAGGGACAAUGCCAACUGCAGCCAACAUGGGUGGAUGAGGGAGAAUGCAGUUCCAUAUUGGUUUGCAUAAACAUUGGCUUGUUCCAAGCAGCUUUGCACUUGGGAAUUGGUACAUCUUAGGAAGAUUACUUUUAUUUUGGAUAGUGAGGUCAUCUACACUGUAAAGUGAAUGCAGUUUUACACCACUCCUAACUGUCAUGGCUCAGUUCUAGGUGAAGGAUUACAAAGAAUGCUGGUGCCCCCCCAACCUGCAAAUCCCAUAAUUCCAUAGCAUUAACCCACGGCAGUUAAAGUGACCUCAAACUGCAGUAAUUCUACAGUGUAAAUGCACCCCUAAAGAAAAAUGCCCAAACUCUUAAAAGUUUUGAAUUAAAUUUUUGCUCAGCAAGGUGUGCAUCUACACUGUAGAAUGAAUGCAGUUUAACACCACUUUAACUACUAUCGCUCCAUUCUAUGUAGUUUUACAAAGUCUUCAGCCUUUUCUGACAAGGAGUGAUGAUGCCAUACCAAACGAGACAUCCCAUAAUUCCUCAGCGUUGAGCCAUGACUGUUAAAGUGGCACCAAAUUGCAUUCAUUCUACAGUGUAGAUGCAUCUUGUCACUCACAUAAUUUCUUGGUGCAAGAAGUCUGGGAUUUGUAGUCAAAGUGUUCCAAUUUCCCCCUAAACUAUAGGAAUAAGUGGUCAUUUUUAUAAUGGUGAGAAAACAUAGUGUGGCUAGGGAUCCUUUGCACCCAUUGGAUCUAUUGGGAAUGUUUCAGCCCUCUUCUGCACCAAAGGAAGGGGACUGCAUGCAAUUCUAUAGCCAGGGUAGCACCUCUUCCUUGCUCUAGUGCAGGCAUGGGCCAACUUGGGCCCAUCCAGGUGUUUUGGACAUCACCUCCCACAGCCAGUAGGCUGUUAGGAAUUGUGGGAGUUGGAGUCCAAAACACCUGGAGGGCCCCCGUUUUUCUCAUGCCUGCUCUCGUGGAAGAAAUACUUCCUUGCUUCACUGCAAAGACAUUAGCAGCAUUGCCAAGCAGUUGUGUUUGACUCUUUCUUUUGCCAAUUGCGGAAUAACUGACUGUGCCUCUCGAAGCUAGUCUUGCUUUCCCUAUUUAUGCAGGCUACCCUGACAGAUACUCCCUACCUCCUUUCACCUUUUCUUCAGGCGACCAGUGGCUCAGGCAGUGGCUGUCACCUCCUUCCUUGCCAAUGGGCUUUCUCUGUAACUGUGUACAUCUGUACCAAAUAAAGAGCUAACAUGA